CCCGCCCCGAGCGGCAUGGCCGCGCGCUGGGCUGUGCCCGCGCCGCUCAGCCCCGCGCAGCUGAGGCGGCUGGAGCAGCACCGCUACAGCGCGGCCGGGCGCUCGCUGCUCGAGCCGUGGCUGCAGCCCUACUGGUGCUGGCUGGUGCGGCGCGUUCCGCCGCGGCUGGCGCCCAACGCCAUCACCCUGGGCGGGCUGCUGCUCAACUGCCUGGCGGCGCUGCCGCUCAUCGCCGCCUGUCCCAGCGCCACCGAGCAGGCACCUUCUUGGGCAUGCAUCCUGGGUGCAUUAGGACUUUUUAUCUACCAGUCUCUGGAUGCCAUUGAUGGGAAGCAAGCCAGAAGAACAAACAGUACUUCUCCUCUAGGAGAACUCUUUGAUCAUGGUUGCGACUCUAUUUCUACAGUUUUUGUUGUCCUGGGAUCCUGCAUAGCAAUCCGGCUAGGAACAAAUCCUGACUGGUUGUUUUUCUGUUGUUUUGUGGGACUGUUCAUGUUCUAUUCUGCUCACUGGCAGACAUAUGUAUCGGGCACCCUAAGGUUUGGCAUAGUUGAUGUAACUGAGGUUCAGAUAGCCAUAACAAUACUGCUCUUGAUAUCUGCCUAUGGCGGAACAGCAAUAUGGGACUAUAAGGUCCCUUUGGUGGGCUUAGAACUGAAGUUCUUUGUGGUUUUUGGCAUACUGUGUGGAAUAGUGCUUUCUUUUUUCAAUUACUUCCGUGUUAUCUUUGGUGGAGGGAUUGGAAAGAAUGGAUCUACAAUAGCAGGAACAAGUGUUCUUUCACCAGGCCUGCACAUCGGACUACUUACCACACUGGCCAUUGUGAUCUAUAAAAAGUCUACAGCUCAGCUGUUUGAAAAACAUCCUUGCCUGUAUGUCCUGAUGUUUGGAUUUGUGAAUGCUAAAAUCUCACAGAAGUUGGUGGUGGCUCACAUGACCAAAAGUCAAAUCUCUCUCCAGGACACUGCGUUUAUUGGGCCAGGACUUCUGUUUCUGGACCAGUACUUCAACAGCUUUGUUGAUGAAUAUAUUGUUCUAUGGAUAGCACUGUUCAUAUCCUUGUUUGAUAUGCUGAGAUAUGCCACUGGUGUAUGCCUGCAGAUUGCUGAUCAUCUUCAUAUACAUGUCUUCAGAAUUCAUCAAGCUCCUGAACAGGUACAAGCUGUUUCUCCAUCGAGCCAUCAGAAUAACAUGGAUUGAAGAGACUUCCGAACACUUGCCAUCUCCUGCUGUUGCUGUUACAAGAAAAGGAGAUAAUACUGAACAAAUGCCAUAUCAACAGGAUUCCUUUAAUUCAUUAAAUGAAUGUCAAACUACUUUUUAAUAUAAUAUUCUAUUUUUGCAUUUAAUGAACUUCUUCAUAUAUGAUACUUACAGUGUCCAUCAUAAUCUUCUUCUGUAACAUAGUCAUUUCUUUGCGAAGUUCACUUUGUGCACCCGCUAGAAGACUUUCAUUGCUCUUCUCCAGCUCUUCCAUACUCUGAAGUUAACAAUAAUCUUAAUUCAGAACUGUUCAAUGUCAAAGGGUUAAUUUAAAACAAACAAACCAUUAUGCAGACUACAAUUUAAUUUAUAUAGCAGCAGUGGUCACUCAUAAUUGAUGAGUUUUGUCAAAAACUUGACAGACAAAUCAUACAGGACUUUGUACUCCAGUCUACAUUCCUGUUUAAACACACAGUCCCCUCCAGUCAGCAUCUGUGAGGUCUCAGCUAGUAAUCCUACAUUUCAGUAAAGAUAAGAGUUCUACUAGAAUAAACAGUUAUCUGUCAGGAGUUAUAAGGGUUUAACACUGUGACAAUCUUGGGAGACUAUAAGGACUAUACAACCCAUUACAUUUCCUUCUCUUUGCACACUUCUCCCUAAAUACACGAAAGUAAAACUUGCCGGUUAUCUUCCCUUUUGUAAAUACAGUUAUGCCUAACUCCACGUAUGUGUGUAGUUGCAGUUUCCUUGACUUAUAUUUAGUUAAGCUUAUUUGAGGCUUGAUUUCUACCUUUUCGUCAUCUUUGAGGAGAAAAAAAUCAAAGUAAUGCUCAAUCUUCUGUUCGAUCUUUGAUGAAGACAUUUUUGACAUUUUGGUACAGUUAUUAUUUAUUAAUGCUUCUGUAAUACCCUCUGUAAAUUUUGACUAUCUCAAGCUAAGAGAUGCUGUAUUUCAGAUUUAUUUUUCAAAGUUACCAGACUUAAAAAAUAAAUAAACUAAACAUACCAUAACUAACUGAAAUUGGAAAAACGGACCAGUUAGGAAAUUCCUUAAACAGAAAUUGAGGUUUGUCAGAAACUGAGACUUGAAUUCACCCCACAUACUGGCAUAUUCUGGGGACUACACAGCUGGAAAGCAGCUUGGCAGGAAAUUUCUAGAGCUGGGGGUCCUGGUGGACACCAAGCUGAACGUGAGCCAACAGAGUGCCCUUGUGACAAAGGUGAAAAUACAGGAGGUUCCCUCUGAAUAGCAGGGAACGCUUUUUCACUGUUAGGGUGACCAAGCAUUGGAACAGGCUGCCCAGAGAGGCUGUGGAGUCUCCAUCCUUUGAGAUACUCAGAAGCCAUCAGGACACAAGUCCUGGGCAGUUACCACCUGCUGCCUGGAGCAGGCAACCUCCAGAAGCCCUUCCAACCUCAGCCCUCCCGUGAUUCUGUGGUACUGUGCCAUUACAUUCAUUACAAAACCAGUUGUUUAGGGUACUUUCAUUUUUCUCACAGCUUAGAGUUUUUAAUACCUUACUUAGCAAAAUAGUGGGGGAAGGAAAUUCUGGAAAUAGUGUGUUUUGUUCUUAGUGUAAAAGGACAGAAGAGAACUAUUCUUUUUUUAAAAAAAAACCCAAACUUUUGAGUAGUUGUAUUCAAUCAUUUUUUGUUUGCUGCGUAGUAUGUUAGCUACUUUGUUUAAAAAAAAAAACAAAACAACAAAUCAAAACACACCACAGUUGAUGAGUAUGAACUGCAUGUUUACAAUAAAUUUUCUCUGUAAGCACUGCCCAAAAAACAGUGGUUGUAGGGACUCCCAGCAAAUAGAAGAAUUGUGCAUAAACCAACAGGAAAGUUAAACAGGACUGAUUGAUUACAUAACCAACCAGCUGGGCCUACUUCAAGUAUAGAUCAUUAUUUCCAUCAGAUUCUUCUUGUUGAUAUUUUAGGGAACGCUUACCUUGAAUAACAGGUCACAGAAAGGAAAAGCCUUUCUAAUGAAUGUUACUUAGGAAAAGAUUAAGGGACUUCUAGCUGGGCAAUUUUAAGGGAAUAAAAAUUGAUUUCCUUUAAGGGUCACUUUCCUUACAUCAAGCAGCAAUUGCUAGAAAGGUUAAUGAUGGGAAAAAAAUGGUAUCUAAUUCUCAUGGGGGAUGCACCUGCUAGUAGUAAUAAAAACAGUAAAUUGCAGCCUAAGAUGUGUUUUUAAUAGAUUGUCAAGUUUCACUUUUUUAAAUAAAUACAGAAAAAUUUAAGGUAAUAACUAAGACAAAAUCCUGAUGAUUUAACUGAUGUAUAUAACCUCCAAACUGGUACAAAACUGUUUAGAAGUAUGCUCUGAGGGUUAUGGUUAAAUAUUUGAAAUAGGCGGGCCAAUAAGAUCCCUGUGAGAACACAUUUCAUUAAAUCAUUUAUUAAAUAGAUCCAAUGUGUGUGCAUGUACAGAGAGAACAAGCCAUGUUCUAAACAAAUAAGGGAAAGAUACCAACAUGAAUAUUUGUGCAAGGCUGUUAUUUUUCUUAAAUUACCCUCAGAUCUCUGUAUUUCAUAAAAGUUGAAUUAAUACAGCUUUCUUAAGUGAUAUAAGAAGGAUCAGCUGCCUUCCAAGAAGAAAAAUUACUGUACCUUUAGGAAUUGGUCAUAGAGUUGCUUAAUGGUUUUCAGUCUCUGACUCUGAACUAUUCUUGUCUGUUGAAAAACUUUUUGUUGCUGACGGAACAUAUUCUGAAUCAUAAGCAAAAGUAAUGACAUUAAUUAGCCAAAAGUGCUUGGAUAGCAAUGCUAAUGUCAUUUACCAGAAUCAGAAAUUAUGGCUUCACUGGAAAUGUGGGUCACAUGAUGCAGACCUUUGCCUAGAAAGUUAUCCAUGUUCUUAUUAAUGAAAGAAAGACUGAAGGUUGGAUUAAGGCCCGAGUCACCUCCUGAGGUCCCUUUCACUCUGAAUUAUCCCUACUAGGACUGCUAUCCAACAUAGUUCUCACAAACAUUCCAGGGAAAUCUGUUGCCUGGGGAAAAGCAAAACUUGCCAGUGUGUUGGGAGUAAAAAUACAGCCACAUCAUGUACUAACAUUCCAUUGUAUAGCUCUUAUUGCCUUUCAGCGAUCAGAUUCCCAUACAUUUAUUAUAUAUAGGCAUAUUUUUAAGUAAUGCAUGCUAGAAGAAAACUACUUUACUUCUUUGUUCCCUGAACCCAAUGCAUGCACACAAACUUAACACGUCUUUCUUCUCCAUAAAUAGUCUUGGCUUUUUUCAAGCCAUAUGCUGGCCUAGGGCAUCACUUCUUGCCAUUUACAAACUUAAAUAAGUUUACAACUGUACCCCUCUUCACUUUAAAAUAUAUCCCAAAAGGUAAAUAUUUACUGUUUGAGAGCCACCAAACUUGAAUGAAAAUUUUUAAUCAAGGCAAAAAAUUGUAUGUUUGUUUAAAUAACAUAAAGUGGUUUUA